CUCCCCUACAACAAAUCACCACUCACCAUGGCCUCCCGAUUCGCCCUCAAGACCCUCAGGUCCGGUGGUAAGUCUCCCUCCCGCCCACCGCCCCUGCGAAAGAAGGAAUACGGAGCAUGAGAGCGGACGGACCCAACGCCGAAAAUGACCGACAGCGUGCAAGAUGGGGGGUUCGGCCGAUGGGGUGCUAUGCAUGGGGGUGGUGCUGAUGAACAUGUGCUGUAGCUCUCGCCAGGCCUGCUGUUGCUCCCCGAGCCAUGGCCGCUCAGAGCGCGCGAUUCCUCGCUACCCAGCCCACCCCCGACGAGAAGGCGUCCGAGAUCAUCAACGCCGUCCCCAGCUCUUCUCUUUUCACCAAGACUGGUGGUGUCUUGCUUGGUACCGGUUUGACCGCCGCUGCCGUCUCUUCUGAGCUCUACGUCGCCAACGAAGAGACCGUCCUCGCCGUCGGUUUCCUCAUCAUCGCUGGUGUCAUCGGCAAGUCUGUCGCCUCUCCCUACGCCGAGUGGGCCAAGGGCCAGAUCGAGAAGACCAAGUCUAUCCUCAACGGUGCCCGUGAGGAGCACACCCGUGCCGUCUCUGACCGAAUCGAGUCUGUCCAGCAACUCAAGGACGUCGUUCCCCUUACCGAGUCCCUCUACGCCGUCGCCAAGGAGACCAACGUCCUCGAGCACGCCAACUUUGUGCUCGCGCAGGAGAACGCUGUCAAGGCCGAGCUCAAGUCUGUCCUUGACUCUUGGGUGAGGUACGAGCAGCAGCAGAGGGAGGCUGAGCAGGUUGCGCUCGUCAAGUCUAUCCAGGCCAACGUCGAGUCUGAGCUUGCCAAGCCCGCCUUCAAGAAGCAGCUUUUGGAGGAGGCUUUGUCUCAGGUCGAGCAGAUCGCCAAGUCCAAGGCUAUCUAAGCUUAGCAAUAGAAGGGAGGAAGCAGAGAGAAAAAAUGGUGUCGCAAGUCGGCGGAUGUACUAGACUUGCUCACAAAAUCAAAAUGAAGACAAUGACCAUCCCAAG